UUCUCUCCAAGGCAGACUCAGCAGCCAUGUACGCCUUCAUGAAGUUGUUCUCUGCUCUCUCCGUCUUGGCCCUCGUCAACGCAUUCCCCUCCGCAGAGUCGUUCGGCUUCCAACGCCGUGCGAACUCUACUCCCACCGGCGGGUCGAUCUGCGGGACCAAGCAGUUCAUCCUCGCCAAUGAGCUGCCCGCGGACAUCAACAACGACGGUGGUGCGCCUCUCCCGAAGCCGAACACCACCUACCCGGUGUACACUGCACUCUCCGUUGGCAUGCAGAACUACACCUGCGGAGCUGAUAGCACCUGGGGCCCUCUCGGUGGAUACACCUUCCUGUUCGACAUCUCGUGCCUGCCGCAGAUGCACCACGCGCCGUUCACCUCGUUCAUCGCUGCCCUCUGGGAUGCCGCGCCCCCGACCGUGUCCAACGAGCAGAUAAUCGACCUCUUCGAACAGGUCAACCCUGGCACCGCGCUCGGUCUCCACUACUGGAUUGCCGACCCCAACAACGCGACCGACGGCAAGAUCAACGCGGUCUGGGACUUCACCAAGUCCGAGCGCUACGUCAACGACACGAACAGGGCGAACGCGUUCCUCGUCGCGGCCGAGACUGGCAACGUCCCGGACCCGAAGAACUCCACAGUCAACUCGCCGUGGCUCUACGAGCCCAUCCUGUACGUCAACGGCAAGAAGGACGGCCAGCUCGCGGACGAGGUCUACCGCUUCAACUCGAACGGUGGCAACGCCCCCAACAAUUCGUGCUUCCCCGGCAGCGUUCUUCAGUCGAAGUCCACGCUUAACUUCUGGCUCUUCGGUGGUGCUUGGGAGGACACCAUCCACUAAUGAUUGGGAUGAUUUGGCGGAUUGCUUGGCAGAGCAUAGAGCGGCUUCCUUAAUCACUGCAUGUUCUCGGUGGUAUGCUCGGCUCGAUGCUGCAUGUGUACAGGUGCUCCCGAGUACAGGAGCUUCGCUAAGUUAUGUACAGCAAUUCAUAUAGACU